GUAAGCGAGAGUGAACGUUUGCUAGCUAACAAGUGUUGGGUCUAAACGGCCAUUUGGAAACAGUUAACAUGUAAUUAAUGUUAACUAAGCUGUUUUUUUAAAUUCAUUUUUUAAGCUACAAGAUUGACUUUAUUAAUUACAAAUGGCACAAGGCGUACAUUCGGGACAGAGAGGAUUUUUGGACUUCAGUCCAACAAGGAGAGAGUACACAGACAAAGAGAACGAUGUUCCCGUCCUGAGUUUGAUCCAGUUUUCAAAGGCUCCUUUCGUAACCUUUGGAUCGGUUAAGCUGGGUACCUCCAAGUCAGCUGUUCUGAGGAUCGAGAACCCUACAGAGUAUGCUGCAGCGGAGGUUUCUGUUGAGAAGAUCCCCUCAAGUAAAGGCUUUUCAGUGGACUGCAGCACGUUCAAAAUCCAGCCUGGGGGCUCGUUCACUCUGGUGGUGACCUGGACGCCAACCGAAGAAGGUGGGAUCAGAGAGCUAAUCGUCUUAAAUGCCAGCGGUGUCCUCAAACACCAGGCUGUCCUGCUGGGGAGAGCAGAGGCACCAAAAAGGAAAAAGAAGACCUUAUGGGACACAAUCAAAAGCAAGAGAGAGGGUGAAAAAAUGACAACACUCAGAAGGAAGGUCGAGCACCCCCCUCUGAAGAUGGCUGCCAAUAAAACCUUCCAAGUGUCUCGAAAUCCACAGUACAAACGGGACAAGCCACGCAGCCCGCUCACUUCACUUAACGAGGGCAAAGGUGCCAUAGAGAGGUCCCUAACCAAGCACAGCCCCGUUGGGGAUCGCUGCCUGAAAUCAGACAAGCAGAAAGCCUUAAAUCUGAGCCAGGAGCAACAAUCUCUGGUCUUGCCAGAAAAGGAGAACGUCCAACAACUUAAUAGGAACUCUCCGCUGGUUUUGCUUGUCCCGGCUGCACAGGUGGUAGACUCUGGUAGCAUGUCCGCGAGCCCAGAUGUCCUUGCAGGAAAACCUGAAAACAAAGAUCUUACCAAAAUCCUCAACAGGACGCUGUCGCCAAUUGGGACGCCAGAGAGGUUUAAGAAGCUCAUGCCUUGGAUUGAGUCAGAAAACCCACUCCCUGCUACUGCAAAGUCUGCAGCUGCUGCUGCUGACAGUGAGUUACCUAGAAGCCCCCUCCCGUCUUUGAAAGAGGCCCUGUUUCUCAUCGACUCUGAUCUGAUCGAUGUUAACACCAGCCCUCCAGAUAAUAAUUCGAGCUGUAACUUUUCAGAUUCGCUCGAAUCUAACAGUGAAAAACACGGCUGUCGACCUGACACAGAUGUCCUCAAAGCGUCAUCUGGUAGCCCUGAGCUGUCAGAGUCCAGUGAGCCCAGACUUACUUUCUUUGUCAGCAAAAAGGCAGAGAAAGCGAGAGAGCUGGGUGUUUCAGAGGCUGAUAAACUUCCUGAAGGGACAAAAAAAGGUUCUUUCACCUCUGCCACAGUGACAAAGGGUAAGGCACCGGUGGAGGCAAAUGGUUCAAGUGGAAGGAAAAUAAAGAAGUCACGACGAAGGCUCCUGCAGAAAACGCUGGAGCUGUCUGAUGGCAGCUGUCCGUGUGAGUCAGGUCCAGAAAGUCCUAGCCUUCCUGUCAUAGACUCGGACAAAGGAAUCAGCCCGUGUGAUGACAAACCUCAGGUCCCAGAGUUUAUCUCCUCCAGCACCAGCCCGAGGCUCGCUGCCUCACCUGCACCCAUCACCUUCCCUGUCUCCUCCCCUCCACCUCUGGCUCCUUCUCGCUUUUCUUUCUCAGUAACGUCCCCACCUCAUUCAGUCCUUGCUCCUGUUGCUUUUACCGUCCCCUCUCCAACACCUGUGGGCUCAUCUUUUCCUCAUCAUCAUGACCUCUUGUCAAAAUCUAAAGUGUACGAGCAGCCCCUAGCAGUUUUUACACCUCCUCGUGUUCAGGAAGACUUGUUUCCCGUUAACGUAGUAGCGAAGAGCAAGAAGAGGAAGAGUGAGGAAUUUCUGAAAGCUGAUGGGAAGAUUGAAGAUGACAGGAAAACUGAGCAGGUAAAAAGGAGCAAGGUAGUGCCUGGGAAAACCGAGCCCCCCCGAUCAGUCCAGGAGCGGAGAGGUGCAUCACAAAGGCAGAGAACAUCAGGCUCAGUUCGCUCAGUGACCGCAUCAUCUCUAAGGACUAUGAAGUCUGCAGUUCCCGCCCAGGCUAAGCUACCACACUCCAAAGCCGUCUCACAAGGUGCUCCAUCUCGAAAGGCACCUGGUGCUCCCUCUAUGAAGACAGCAAAAGUAAUCGCUGUGGCACAGUCGAAGCUGAGCUUUAUUAAGGCUGCACAAACAGCUCUACCCAGACACCCGAUGCCGUUUGCUGCCAAGAACAUGUUUUACGACGAGAGGUGGAUAGAGAAGCAAGAGAGGGGUUUCACAUGGUGGAUCAACUACGUCCUCACCCCAGAUGACUUUAAGGUCAACACCGAGGUCGCCAAAGUAAAUGCUGUGUCCCUUGCUAUGGGCGGUGACGACAAGUAUAGUGUGCCCAAAGCUCCCACCAAAGAGGAGAUGUCCUUCAGCACUUACACAGCCAGACGCAAGCUAAAUCGCCUCCGUCGCUCCGCCUGCCAGCUGUUCACAUCUGACGCCAUGGUCAAGGCCAUUCAGAGGCUCGAACUGGAGGUGGAGGCCCGGCGGCUGCUUGUCAGGAAGGACCGCCACCUUUGGAAGGACAUAGGUGAACGUAAAAAAGUCCUCAACUGGCUCCUCUCGUACAACCCUCUGUGGUUACGGAUCGGACUUGAGACGAUCUACGGAGAGCUGAUCUCACUGGAAAGCAACAGCGACACCUUGGGCCUGGCUGUGUUCAUCCUCCAGCGACUGCUGUGGAACCCGGACAUUGCUGCAGAGUUCAGACACCCCCGAGUGCCCCACCUUUACAAAGAUGGCCACGAGGAGGCGCUGUCCCGCUUCACUUUGAAGAAGCUGCUGCUGCUCGUGUGUUUCCUGGACAAAGCCAAAGAGUCCCGGCUCAUUGAACACAACCCCUGUCUGUUCUGUGUUGAUGCUGAGUUCAAGGCAAGUAAAGACCUGCUGCUGGCCUUCUCAAGGGACUUCCUGAGCGGAGAGGGGAUCCUCCCGCGGCACCUCAGCUACCUCGGGUUACCCGUCUCCCACGUUCAGACGCCCCUGGACGAGUUCGACUUCGCUGUGAAGAAUUUGGCAGUUGACUUAAAAUGUGGCGUUCGUCUAGUGCGAGUGAUGGAGCUCCUUGUCCAGGACUGGAGUUUAUCUGUGAAGCUCCGCCUCCCGGCCAUCAGCCGCCUGCAGAAGGUCCACAACGUCGAUGUCGCUCUACAAGUUCUCAAAAGCAAAGGGAUCGACCUGAAGGACGAACGUGGCUCAACCAUUGAUUCAAGAGACAUUGUGGAUGGACACAGAGAAAAGACGCUGAGCCUGCUGUGGAAAAUCAUCUUUGCAUUUCAUGUGGAGGUGAUUCUGAAUGAGGAUCAGCUCAAGGAGGAGAUUGGCUUUCUGAAGAAAACCCUGAGGACUAAACAGAGGCUAGCAUCUCUGAAGGCCGAUCGGGGUCUUCGGCAGACGCCUGCAAAAACCCGAGUCCCGUACGAACAUGGCAGCACCAAAGUUACCCUGCUUAUGGACUGGGUCCGUUCCGUUUGUGACUUUUACAACCUGCAGGUGGAGAACUUCACCGUGACGUUCUCGGAUGGCCGCGUCCUGUGCUACCUUAUCCACCACUACCACCCGGGUCUCCUGCCAGAAGCGUCUGUCAGUCACCGCACCACUCAGACUGUCGAGUGCUCACCAAGAGGCCGACUGGAGCUCAGCUGCUCAGCCAGCGACUCCGACAGCUCCUUUGACUCCCUGCCCACAGGCCCAAACGGACCUGAUUCUCCAUCGCUGGAGUUUAAAGAGCUACUGAAGAACGAGAAAAGCAACUUCAAACUGGUCAACAGUGCGGUGUCUUUUCUGGGCGGUGUGCCCGCCAUGAUCAACCCGGCCGACAUGUCCAACACUAUCCCCAAUGAGAAGGUGGUGAUGUCGUACUUGUCCUUCCUGUGCGCUCGCCUGUUGGACCUGCGGGACGAAACCAGAGCUGCGCGGGUCAUACAGGGAGCCUGGAGGAAAUACAAGCUCAAGAAAGAUUUAGAACUCUACAAGGAAAGAAACAUGGCUGCCAUGAAAAUCCAAGUAUUUGUGAGGAAUUUUCUUCAGAGGCGCAGAGCUAAGAGGCAGAACCAGGCUGCUGUCGUCAUCCAGACCUCAUGGAGAGGUUAUGCAGCCCGCAAAAAGCUGCGACUUAGAAAACAGGCUCAACUUCGGGCUAUGCAGCAUGAAGCAGCAACCGUCAUCCAGGCUCAGUGGAGGAUGUUUUCAACCAUGAGGGCUUACCAGUGCCUCAGAUAUCAUACCAUUGUUGUCCAAGCACAAUGGCGAAUGAGGAGGGCGGCCUCCGCUUAUGGGAAAAUCUACUGGGCGUCGACAGUCAUUCAGAAGUACUCACGAGCAUGGGCCAUUUCAAAAAGAGACAGAGCACAUUAUCUCUUACUUAGGAGCGCUGUGGUAAAAAUACAAAGAGGCUAUAGAAGAUGGAAAGCUCAGAAAAUACAAAAGGAAAACUGUGCGGUCAGAGUGAUACAAGCUGCUUUUAAGAAAUGGUACGGAAGAAAAAUGUCCCAAAGAACUGCCGCUGCUGUGAGAAUCCAGUCCUGGUACAGGAUGCAAAAGUGUCUCAAUCAGUACAGAAAGAUCAAGGGAAGUGCUUUCCUCAUUCAGGCCCAGUACAGAGGCCUUGCACAGAGGCGCCGUUUUCUCACAUUAAAACUGCAGCACCACUCAGCUGUUGUCAUCCAGAGUGCCUUCAGAGGGCACGCUGUCAGAAAAGAAGUGGCGGAAAUGAGGUGUGCUGCAGUCGUAAUCCAGCGCUGGUGCAGAGCUUCCAUGACAAGAGACGCGGAGAGGAAAAAGUUUGUCAGGAUGAAAUGCGCGGCUGUUACCAUACAGGCAGCGUAUCGUGGGAAAGUGGCUCGAGAUUCUCUGAAAAAACAGGACAGGGCAGCAGCUGUGAUCCAGGCAGCUUUUAGGAAGCACGCUGCCCGUAGGCGCUACCUGAUCUUGAAAAGAGCUGCAGUUCUAAUACAGCAAAAGUACAGAGCAACACUUUUGAGUCGCAAGACAAAGAAUGAAUAUAACUCUCUGAGGGCCGCUGUGCUCACUGUGCAAGCUAACUGGAGAGGCAGAGCGGACAGGAAGAGGAUAGAAAAGUGGCAUCAGUGUGCAUCUUUUAUACAGGCUUGUUAUCGUCGGCACAAAGUGCAAGCAGAGUACAGAGCCAAGAGGGCAGCAGCUGUGGUUCUACAGAGCCAUUACAGAGCUUAUUUGGCUGGAAGGAAGAUGAAGAGAGGAUACCUAGAAAAGAAAGCGGCAUCUAUUACUGUCCAAGCUGCAUUCAGAGGGAUGAGAGUUAGGGCAGAGUUGAAGAAAAAGCACCAGGCAGCGACUGUCAUUCAGGCUUUAGCCAGGAUGUUUUUAUGUAGGAAACGUUAUCUUCUCCUUCACAGUGCAGCGAUUGUCAUCCAGAGCCAAUACAGAGCUCUUUUGCUGUGCAGGGCGCAGCUAAAUGAAUUCAGAAAACUUAAGCAGGCGACUGUUAAGAUACAAGCUGUGUUUCGGGGAUUUAGAGAAAGGCAGGACUUGAAGAGGCAACAUAAAGCAUCCAGAGCAAUCCAAGCUCACUUCAGGAUGCACAGAAUGCGUGUGGCUUACCUUGCCCUUAAGUGUGCCUCCAUCAUUAUUCAGGAAAGGUACAGGGCCAAACGGCUCAUGGAUCAACAGAUGCAGAGUUACAGAACAAUGAAACAUGCAGUCAUAGUAAUCCAAGCAGCAUACCGUGGCCACAAGGCCAGAAGGAAGAUUGCAAACAUGCACCAAGCUGCUUCAGUCAUUCAGAGAAAGUUUCUGGCCAUCCGGGAUAGAAAAAACUUCCUGGCUGUCAGAGUGGCAGUUUUGGCCUGUCAGCAGAGGUACAGAGCAGUAACCCUGACAAGAAAAGCACGGCUGGACUAUCUCUCAAAGAGAAGGGCAGUAGUUUGUCUACAAGCAGCUUACAGAGGAUAUGUAGUUCGAAAGCGGCUGUGUAUUGAGCACAUGGCAGCUGUAACAAUUCAGUCUCAGUAUAGAAUGUACCAGCAGAAAAACAACUACAAGAGGCUCUGCUGGGCAGCCACUGUAUUGCAAACACGUUACAGAGCUAACAAAAAGAUGAGAGCAGAGGUGCAUGCCCUGAGUGUUAAGAAAAAUGCAGCUGUUGUCUUACAAGCUGCCUUCCGUGGAAUGAAAUUAAGACAGAUGAUCAAACAAAAGCAUCAAGCUGCCAGUGUUAUCCAGAGAGCUUACAGAGCUCACUGCGAACACAGAGAGUAUCUCACUCUGAAAUCCUCUGUCCUAACUGUUCAGAGAAGAUAUCGAGCGUCUGUAGCAGCAAAGAAACAGUUGCAAACAUAUCAGAAACUGCGCAGAGCCGCCAUAGUUCUCCAGGCAACAUUGAGAGGCUGGCGCGUCAGGAGGGAUGUUAGCUUACAAAAUCAUGCUGCUGUUGUAAUCCAGUCAUGCUGGAGAUGUUUGGUGGAACGGCGUGUCUUCCAAAGAAAGAAAGCUGCAGCUGUGAAGCUCCAGCAGAGGAUUCGAGCAGUGCAGCUCGGCAGGCAGGAGAGAAGCAAAUACAUCCAAUUGAGGCAAGCUGCCAUCACACUUCAGAAACACUGGCAAGCCUGGAUUGCAAGACAGCAGGUUGUAAAGGCCGCUCGUGUAGAGAGGAGGCUACGUUUUACGUCGGCCAUAUUUCACCAUCUCAGUGCCAUAAAGAUCCAACGAGCACUCAGAGCUCACUGGGCUUUGGAGUCUGCUAAAAGACAGAUCCAUUCUGUUAUCACCAUACAGCGGCUGGUGAGAGCGAGGCAACAGAGAAGACGCUAUCUGGAGUACAAGCAGAAGGUGGCUACAGCUCAGAGAGCAGUCAGGCACUGGCUAGCUCGUCGCCACAAGGCUGCGACUGUCAUCCAGCAGGCUGUCCAGAAAUUCCUCCUCCUCAGGCGGCAGAAGAGGGUUCAGCAGGGUAUUCUCAAGGCCCAGGCUCUGUGGAGAGGACACUGCUCCCGCAGAUUGAAUGACAAUCCCAAAAUUGUAAAGCUGAGGCACCGCUUACGUGUGGUCACUGCCAGUGUCCGAGAGGAAGACAAACUGUGCAACAAAACUUCAUCUGCACUGGACUACCUUCUUCGUUAUAAACACUUCUCGUACAUUCUGGAGGCCUUGAAAAAUCUUGAAACCGCCACCAGGCUGUCCCCAGAGUGCUGCGAGCGGCUGGUGGAGAGCGGAGCCACUAACGUCAUCUUCACACUAAUCCGCUGCUGUAACAGGAGCGUCCCCUGCAUGGACGUCAUCACCUUCUCCAUUCAGAUACUUCUCAACCUUUCCAAGUACCACAAGACCAUUGAGGCGGUGUAUUCAGUGGAAAACUCUGUGGAGACGCUGCUGGACCUGCUGCAGAGAUACCGGGAGAAGGCAGGGGAUAAAGUGGCAGAAAAGGGUGGAAGCAUCUUCACUAAGGCCUGUUUCCUUCUUGCGCUCCUGCUGCAGGACAAGCAACGCACUGAGGAGGUCAAAAAGCUACCCAAGGUCUUGGAUAGGAUCCACAGUAUUUACCGCCUCACUGCUCGCAAACACAAGAUGGACACAGAAAGAACAAUCAUCAAGCAGAAGAUGAGCGCGUCAAUCAACGGGAGCUUCUUCGUUCCAGUGACGCCUCGUAAAUCCCGCGCUGCACCAAAGUUUGCACCAGAUUGGGUUCUCAGACGAGAUAAGCUCAAAGACAUUGUAGACCCCCUCAGGGCCAUUCAGAUGGUGGCGAACACACUGUCCAUUGUGCUGUAAAUAAACAUGCUCAUGUAUAUA